AUGUGUCCCCCAGUCAACGUUCGCCAUGGGGCCAAGGGCAUGUCCUGCCUCUAUGCGGAGUGGCUAUACCACCUUGUUCACGGAGACCAGAUGAAGAUCUGCUUUGCUUGCUUCAAGGCAGCUUUCCAUGCAAAUAGAAGAUUGCUGGAGAUGGAAUACUUGGAAGGGCUACCAUUGCAGGAUAAGUCCCAGGAACGCUCAGAGUCAGAACGCAGUUCAGAGGAAGAAUCUCCUCAGCCUGAGGUAGAAUCUCAGUCUGAGGUAGAAUCUCAGCCUGAAGUAGAAUCUCAGCCUGAAGUAGAAUCUUGGCCAGAGGAAGAAUCUUGGCCAGAGGAGUGGUUAGGGCACAUCUGUGCAGAAUGUCAAGGAGAUAUGCCUGAUGCCUUCAGUGACCAUUCAAGUCCUGGCUUUCUGACUCCAGGCUCUGUAGGGUCAGAUCUGGAGCCUGAGGAAGCUGUACCGCUGGACCCAGGCCCCGAGGAUACUGACUGGGAUCAGGCCCUUCCCUGGAGAUUAAGUAGCUUCUAUCCCUGUCCCCACCAGUGCAUCCUCCCGCCUCUGUCCUUGUGGGAUACUUUCCAAGUGGACCCAUAUCCUGAGCAACCUGUAUUGUUAGAGUUGAGCCCCCUCUGGCCCAUGUACAGUGGAGUAGAAACAUGGUUGGCAAAACUGGAUUUUAACUUGGUGUUGUAUGGCUUUGGUACCGUCUGCUAUUUGCGGUCAUUGACUCCUUUAUGGGCUGUGAGGACCCAGGUCAAUCGCUGGCAGGUGUUGCUGGACACUAACACCUUGUCACGGGCCCACCUGGAGACUGUACCUGAAAAACUGAGCCUGGACCGCUGUAGACUGAGCAUCCUAGAGUACUCAGUGCUGGGGUUAGAGCUGGUGCCUGCUGACUGCACCCUGCGGAAGGGCGGCUUCAAGGUGCACUCCUACCUGCCCUGGCAUAGUGACACCCCAGAGGAAUGGAGCAGGGAGCCAGAAGAGAGAUUGUUUGUCGAUGAUAUUGUUAUGCUGGAUGAGCCCAACAUCUGA